UCAAAUUAACCUCUAUAAAUUGUUCAAAUUUUUUCAAAUCGUUACUAGAGAAUGUUGAGAGCUCCGUUUCCGGUUCGUUGGUUCUCUAGCCGCCGCUUUCCUCCUCCGUUCUUGUAGAAAUUCCCCAACAGAUCGUUAAGUCAUCAAAAUCAUUGAUGAACGCUGCUGCUUUCUUCACCCACCUCCCUACUAUACUCCGAAGAACAAUUACAACUCCUCCUCACACCUUCAAAUCACAUCAUUCUUCUUUUAGCUCUCAAUUCUUGUUUACUCCACUAGGAAAAAAACUACGAAAAACGAAAGCUGAAACAAGGAUGGAUCAGCAAGAAAAUGAAAGGGAUGGUUUUUAUGUUGUGAGGAAAGGGGAUGUUGUUGGAAUUUAUAAUACUCUCACUCAUUCUCAGGCUCAAGCUGGAUCUUCUGUAUGUGAUCCUCCUGUUAGUGUUUACAAGGGAUAUUCCAUGUCCAGCGAAACCGAAGAGUACCUUCUUUCGCAUGGACUAAAGAAUGCUUUAUACACAAUUAGAGCCUCUGAUCUUAAAGAGGAUAUGUUUGGCACACUUGUUCCUUGUCCUUUCCAGGAUCCUUCUACCAAAGGGACCACAUCAAAUGCAGAUACAUCUAAAAAGAGAGCUCUACGAGUGCUUGAACAAGAUGAUGUGCUGAAAGCAACUGGUUUGACAUCUAUCUCUGAAGAUCCCUUGAGAAAGCAAGUCAAGUUUGAUCGUGCUGCUGUGGGCGAAGCAUCUUCACUUGCAAAUAAGACUUGUAUUGUUGAGUUCGAUGGUGCGUCAAAAGGAAAUCCUGGAAAAGCUGGUGCUGGGGCUAUUCUGCGAUCCAAAGAUGGGAAUUUGAUUUAUAGGGUUCGUGAAGGUGUGGGUAAUGCAACAAACAAUGUUGCUGAAUAUCGUGCAAUGAUAUUGGGAAUGAGAUAUGCUCUUAAAAAAGGAUUCACCAAUAUCUGUAUACAAGGGGACUCUAAACUUGUGUGCAUGCAGAUUGAUGGUUCAUGGAAGGUCAAGAAUGAGAACUUGUUUACAUUGUAUAAGGUGGCCAAAGAACUCAAGGAUAAAUUUGCGUCAUUCCAGAUCAGUCAUGUUCUAAGGAACUUUAACUCUGAGGCUGAUGCUCAAGCAAAUUUAGCCAUCCAUCUUGCUGAUGGCCAAGUUCAGGAAGAGUUUGUAGGUUGAUUCAUUUGUACACAGGUAAUGGUUAUGUUCUGGGUUUGUGGCAGAACACCUUCAAUAUACGAACUCCUGUCACUGUUCUUUCAUUUAUUGGUAUCGAUCAUAUAGCAAUCAAAACCUCAAGAACAAACGAUUUUGAACUAGUCCUCUAUCACUGUUCAUUACCAUUUGAUAAUGUUUUCUAGUCCAAUCUAGUUUUACUGAUACAAGCUGGGUAUUGGCCCUCAGCAGCAGCCAGCAGUGCCAAUGAUAGUAAUCUUAAACAUCAUAACUUUUCAAUUUCCGUCAAAGGCUGCGGAGUGAAAGAUUCCCAUUAGCCACCUGAAGUUGGAUUUUAUGAUUUUCAUUCUUGGGGCAUAUGGUAGAGAUGAAACUCUUUAUUGUCUAUUGCAGACAUGAUUUUUAUUAAAUUAUUAGACUAAUUAUGCUUCUUGGCUGAAAGUGAUGUUUCAUUUCUUGUAAUAAUAUCAAUACUGGCUCAAUGCCACUCAUCAAAUAGUACAUCUUUGUACUUUAGCAAGUUUGUUGCACAGCAAGAUCAAGUGAGAAGUGCAUUUUCCGUAA